AUGUCGUAUGUUGCUUCUUCUCCUAAUUUUCAAAAACUCCAAAACCCUAAAUUCAUUCGCUUCUUCUCCUCUUCACCUAAAAGCCUAUACUCUCAAUUCCACAACCAAAAUAAAGACGAACAAAAUCUCGUUUGCUUAUUCAAUCAAUUGCUACUUCAAAACAAUCCAUCCAUCUUCCGAUUUAACAAAAUUUUAGGUUCCUUUGUUAAGCUAAAUCAAUACUCCACUGUUGUUUCACUUCAUCGACAGAUGGAAUUAAAUGGAAUUUCCUCAGAUUUUGUCACUUCCAACAUAUUGAUCAAUUGUUUUUCACAAUUAGGUCAAAUCUCUCUUUCCUUUUCUGUAUUUGCCAACAUUCUCAAAAAGGGUUUUCAUCCAGAUGCCAUAACCUUUAAUACACUCAUCAAGGGUCUCUGUCUCAAAGGUCAGAUCCAUAAAGCAUUCAACUUUCAUGAUAAGGUCGUAGCGCAGGGAUUCCGGUUAGAUCAAGUUAGUUAUGGGACCUUGAUCAAUGGGUUAUGUAAACUUGGACAAACAAGAACAGCCCUACAACUGCUGAGACGAGUUGAUGAGAAACUGCUUCAACCUACUGUGGUAAUGUACAAUGCAAUUAUUGAUAGUAUGUGCAAGGAUAAACUUGUUAAUCAUGCUUUUCAUUUAUAUUCUGAAAUGAUUGCUAAGAGAAUUUCUCCUGAUGUUUUCACUUACAAUACUUUAAUUAAUGGCUUUUGUAUCGUAGGUCGGUUAAAAGAAGCAAUU